AUGUCGUUGAACAUCGAGAUUGUCCCCACAAAACCUUACAAUGACCAAAAACCUGGUACUUCAGGCUUGAGAAAGAAAACUAAAGUGUUUAUGAAUGAUAAGUUCUACACUGAAAACUUCAUUCAAGCUAUCUUAGAGGCUAUUCCCGAAGGUUCUGAGGGCGCUACACUUGUUGUAGGUGGAGACGGCCGUUUUUACAAUGAUGUUGUUUUGCAAAAAAUUGCCGCAAUCAGUGCUGCAAAUGGUGUUCGCAAGUUGAUUGUCGGCCAUAACGGUAUACUAUCUACUCCUGCAGCAUCUAAUGUGAUCAGGACAUACACAGAGAAAUGCACUGGUGGUAUCAUACUUACAGCUUCACACAAUCCUGGUGGCCCUGAGAAUGACUUUGGUAUUAAGUACAACCUGAGCAAUGGUGGCCCAGCACCGGAGUCUGUUACGAAUGCUAUUUUUGAGAAGUCCAAGCAACUUACUCACUUUAGGAUCGUUAAGGACUUUCCCAAAGUCGAUUUAUCAAAAAUUGGACAAGAUCAAAAGUAUGGCCCUUUACUUGUAGAUGUCAUCGAUUCCACAGAAGCCUACGUCAGCUUGAUGAAGUCUAUCUUCGAUUUUGAUUUGAUCAAGAAGUUCAUCGAUAACCAGCGCCAAACUGCAGGGUUCAAGAUUCUAUUUGAUUCGUUGAACGGUGUUACGGGUCCCUACGGUAAGGCUAUUUUUGUCGAUGAGUUCGGCUUACCGGCAGACGAAGUUCUACAAAAUUAUAUUCCUCAGCCCGAUUUCGGUGGUCUUCAUCCUGACCCCAACUUAACUUAUGCGCAUACACUUGUUGAGAGGGUUGACAGAGAACAUAUUGCUUUUGGUGCUGCAUCAGACGGUGAUGGUGAUAGAAAUAUGAUUUACGGAUACGGCCCCGCGUUUGUUUCUCCUGGUGACUCCGUUGCCAUCAUUGCCGAAUACGCUUCCGAGAUUCCCUACUUUAAAAAACAAGGUAUUUACGGGUUGGCCCGUUCCUUCCCUACAUCGGCCGCAAUUGACCGUGUUGCAAAGGCCCACAAUCUAAGUUGCUAUGAGGUACCGACCGGAUGGAAGUUUUUCUGCGCACUCUUCGACGCCAAGAAGCUAUCCAUCUGCGGUGAGGAAUCUUUUGGUACAGGAUCUAACCAUGUAAGGGAGAAGGAUGGUGUGUGGGCAAUUAUGGCAUGGUUGAAUAUAUUGGCCAUAUACCAUAAGGCACACCCUGACAAGGCGGUUUCGAUCAAAGUGAUUCAGGAUGAAUUUUGGAACAAAUAUGGUCGUACCUUUUUUACUCGUUACGACUUCGAACAUGUGACCACAGAAGCUGCGAAUAGUGUCGUCGAUGUUCUAGAGUCAUUCGUGAAUAAUAGAGAUUCGGUUGUGGGUAAGGCCUUUCCUGCAGAACCUGAGCUAACAGUUGUUGACUGUGGUGAUUUCAGUUACAAGGAUCUUGAUGGCUCUGUUUCGAGCCAUCAGGGCCUAUUCGUGAAGUUAUCGAACGGCUGCAGAUUCGUAUUGAGACUUUCAGGAACUGGAUCUUCUGGUGCUACAAUCAGAUUAUACGUCGAAAGGUACACAGACAACAAAUCCAUGUACAGUCUCUCAGCUGAUAAGUUCCUUGAAUCAGAUAUUAAAGCUGUACUCAAAUUCCUUAAGUUCAAAGAGCUCUUGGGCACUGAUGAGCCAACCGUACGUACGUGA